UGAAAGUGCCGUUACCUUUCACUUCCGUCACUGACAACUCGGCCAAUCCAAACUCACUUCGAUCAUCGAAGUUGUCACAGCCAGGGGAGGGUGACAGUCAUGACUUUGUCUCUAGGCUACUGAUAGAACUAGAUAGAGAGAGAUGAACGCUUACUAGUUACUACCAUUUAUAUAUCUAAACCUUUCCUUUUGGUGCAAACUUUCUCUCUCCUCGUCUUAUGGUGGAAGACCAUAAAAAAACCAGAUACGGGUUGACGUCUUGACGGUUUCUUACUCAUAAUUCGUGUCUUACUCAGUCUCGUUUUCUCUCUGAUAGAUAUUAUAUCUUUCUCUUUCUAUUUUCUCGCUAUCAAAGUUGAAGACUUGUGGCUCCGUUUUCCCGAGAAUCAUGAUGCUUUUCUGCUUUUGAGAAUGGUUGCUUUUUAGAUAAACUUUAUUUCGAGGUGGGUUUGUGUUUAUAUAGUUUCGAAGGGUGGCGUGAGCUCUUUUUUCUUCUUUUUUUUUUUUGGGUGAGGAUUUUCGUUUUUGAAGGGAUGUUGGGAAAGUUUGUUGGGUUUGAGGAACUGGGAUUGUUUUGUUUUUGAGUGAAAAGAUUAUGAGAUUGAGUGUUGGGCUUUGUUUUCGGACGAAGUUUCUGAGCUACUGUUUUCUCUUUACCUUGCUUAUUUACGAGAGGGCUGCACGAAAAGAUUGUAUGAGGACUUUGACUUUUGCUUGAAACUUUACCAAAUUUGGACAAAGUGAGUGUGGUUUAAGAACUUGGCUGGAACAUAGUUUGUUUUAGCUUUUGGUGACGUUUUGGGAACUGGGUAUCUUAAAUUGGGCUGUGGCUGUAUUCAGCAUAUAGUUGUGGUAGUUUAACGGCUGUUGAUCAGGCUGAGGAUUCGAAGAGGACUUUUUCGUCAUUGUUCUGCCUUCUGCCAACUGUCUUUUUGAAUGCCCAGAUAUAAUACAAACCUCGUCUGAAUGGGGACUGAUGUUGUCGAAGCUGCCGGAGCAGCCACUAAGAUUAGCUCCUCUUUUAAGGUUCAUUGUUUGAUGUGCUUAAAGCUCAAGGCAUUAGUUGAUAGAAUUUCGAAUAUAAAACCAAAAAUAGAAGAUGCACGACCUCGGUGCUCAACAGGGAUACGUGCUUUAUGCACAUUAUCUCAAACCAUUGAGAAAGCCAAGUUAAUUCUCGAGUAUUGCAGCAACUCUAGUAAACUCUAUCUGGCAGUAACAGGGGAUGUGAUACUUUCAAGAUGUAAAAAAUCAAAGAACUUAUUUGAGCAAAGCUUAUCCCAAAUUCAAGAUAUGGUUCCAGUUUUACUAUCAGCAGAGAUUUCUCAGAUAGUUGAUAAUCUUGCAGCCGAAACAUUUGAUUUGGAUCAUUGUGAAGAAGAGGCUGGGAAGGUUCUACGAGAGUUGAUCCAUGGAGGUACUUCUUCAUCAGAUUCCAUGGAAACUUCUGAAACUAGAGCUCUUCAACUUGCAGCGUCAAGGCUCCACAUUUUUUCAGCCAAGGAUAUUCUAUUAGAAAAAAGAGCAAUUCAAAAGUUGCUGCAUAGGGUUUCUGAGACUGAUUCUACUAAGAAGAAGAUAUUAACAUACUUCUUGUAUCUAUUCAAGAAGUAUGGAAACUUGAUCAUCCCAGAUCAAACAGAAACUGCCUCUGCUUGUUGUCGAAGCUCAUUUCAAUUGGAAAGUUCUGGUAAUGGCUUUGCAAGUAAUCGAUCUGCUGAAGUGAAACCGCGUAGUAGACACAGGCUGCAUGAGCUCGAGAAUAAUAUGAUGAUGAGAGCUGUGCCCCCUGAGGAAUUCAGGUGCCCCAUUUCUUCCAGAUUGAUGUACGAUCCAGUUGUCAUUGCGUCUGGACAAUCAUAUGAAAGGAUGUGGAUCCAAAAGUGGUUUGAUGAGGGCAAUGAUACCUGUCCGAAAACUGGCACGAAAUUAACACAUUUGUCAUUGACUUCAAAUGUUAGCAUGAAGGAUUUAAUUUCAAGGUGGUGUAGUCAAAAUGGGGUCAACCUUACCGACCCGAGUGCAGCACCAGAAGCACUGCACUCAUUGGAGUUUUCCUCAACUUCCAUUGCUAGCUUUAGCAGUUCCAUGAAUGACAUACGACUGCAAAUGGAUUUUAGCAACGUAUCGCUUGGAUCCAUAGACACCAGUUUCAGUUCGGAUUCUUCACGCAAUAAGACAACCAAUGGCUUGAAUUCUGCACAGAUUGAUGAUGGUUCUGGUAAAUUUCAGUCAUGUACUAAAAACACUGAGCCUGAGUUGGAAUUUUUAUCCAACCUGGGUGAGCUUUCUUGGGACUCCCGAUGUAAGGUUGUUGAAGAAGUCAAAAGGCAUUUGAAACGCAAUGAAAAAACCUAUUAUUCUCUGUCAAAUGAGAAUUUUGUUGAACCACUGGUAGCAUUUUUAAGGGAUGCACAUGAUUCUAAUGAUGUAAAUGCUCUGAAGAAUGGAUUGCAGUUACUGUUGACAUUUGUGAACAAAAACAGGAAUGAAGUACUGUAUCUACGUGAAGAUGCAUUUGGUCUCUUAUCAUCAUUUCUGGAUUCAGUAGUAGCUGAAGAAGUUUUCACCAUCAUGGAAGUUUUGUCCAGCUACCCUUAUUGUAGAUCAAAGAUCCUGGCUUCUGGUGCUCUAAAAUCCAUUAUAAGAGCUCUCAACUCACAGCUCAGAGAUUUACAGGAGAACGCAGUAAAAGUUUUGUGCAACUUGUCCGCAAACAAUGACAUUUGUUCUCAUAUUGCUUCUUUCGAGUGCAUCCCAAAGUUGGUUUCCUUGCUUACUGAUAAAGCUCUUGUUGAAAAGUGUUUACUUAUAAUGAAAAAUCUCUGCAAUACUGAAGAAGCUAGGACAUCUGUUGCUGAGACUAGCGGAUGCAUUGCUUCUAUUUCUGAAGUUCUUGAAAAUGGCAGUUCCGAAGAGCAAGAGCAUGCUGUUGAUAUCCUCCUCUCUUUAUGCUCUCAACGAAUUGAAUAUUGUGAGAUGGUCAUGGAAGAGGGCGUCAUCCCUCCUCUUGUCAACAUUUCUAUCAAUGGGAACGAUAGGGGUCGGGUGAAUGCGUUGGAACUUCUCCGGCAACUAAGAGAUGUUAGCAGUGAGCCAGAAUGCCCUACAUUUGAUCUUGAUGCUAACAGAGAGAGCUAUCACAUUACUGAAAAAAAACCGUCUAAGACAUCAGCAUUCUUUGGGAGAAUUACGAGGUUCUCGAAAAACAAUGGGAAAAGAAAAUGAAGUUUAUGUCUUCAGCUAGAUUCAGAUAAGGUAGUCUCAGAAUCUUUUCUGGUUUUGAUCAAUGAUCGAUAUGAUAACUUGAGAGCUUUGUUCUUAAAUGGAGGGGAGAUGCAACCUGUCUUAGCUUAGCCAGGCUUGAUGUUUUUUUUUUUGCUCUACUAGUUAUGCAGUUUCUAUUUUAAUUAUUAUUAUUAUUAUUAUUAUUUAUUUGAUAUAAUUUUCUCUUUUAGGAGUGCCAAUUUAUUUGUCAUUUAUAGUGCAUGGAUACAAAAAAUGUAUAGUUCUGUAGUACUUGAUGUAUCUCUGCAGUUGACUUGUGGAUUGGUUUGCAUGCAUAUAUAAAAGAUGUGUUUUUGUACA